GCCACAGAUGCUGCAACCCACAACCCCACCUGCGGGGUUUAGCAUCUAACCUCCUUUGACCAUUUUCCAUACAUUUGCAACUUUUUUUUUGUAGUCUUCUCCUCCCUUUUCUCGCCGUCAUUAUGCCGUUCCUUACCUCGGCGAUUGCAUAUGUGUCGGGCGUACCAGAACCCACGCUGCGCUUGCUGGUGACCCUGGGUCUCGCCUACCCUAUUGCUCGCGUGUAUAACCAAAUGUACAUUCGUGGCAAGGGUCCUGUCGUGUCCGCUGCCACUGUCACCGAACGCAACUUGUUCAUUCUGCUCGCUGGCCUCGCGCUUGCAUUAUUUUUCAGUGGCUCGAGCAUUUACCACUCAUUGUUGACCGUCUGUGCAAGCUACGGCUUCUUAUACCUGAACGAACGAUUCAUGCCCAACAAUCGCUUCUAUGGCGCGGCCGCUGUGUGGGGAUUCAACGCAGUUUAUUUGUUGGCAGGUUAUUAUAUCACGGCAACAGACGACUACGAUGUCACCUGGACAAUGCCGCAAUGCAUUCUGUGCUUGCGUCUCAUGGGCUUUGGUUUCGACUAUUAUGACGGUGCCACUUCGAUUGUCAAGGUCGAGGGUCCCGAGCCAACAAAGAAGGCUGAAGAAACGACCGACCACACGACUACGUUGCGACCUACUGAACAGACAAAGCCGCCAAACCAGUUACCCUUGUCGUUCGCGUUAGAUACGCCACUGGCGUCUCUACCGGAUUUCAGUCAAGUGUUAGCCUAUUGCUAUUUCCCAUCUGCAUUUUUAGUCGGCCCGCAAUUCUCAUUCUCGCUGUAUCGGCGCUGGCUCGCCUCGUCCCCCUUGCAGGAAGGUUCUGCGGUUGCUCAAGAAGAAGCUGAAAAGGACCAGAUGCGUUAUGUGUUCCGUUGCUUAGGCUUGGCUGUUGUCUAUCUUGCUAUCCAGCAAGGUGUCGGUGGCAAUUACCCUACGUCUUAUCUCCUCACUGACGAAUUUGCUUCCCUCUGUUUCCUGCGCCGUAUUUGGAUCUUCAUUAUCACCGGCAAGUUUGUUUACAACAAGUACAUUGGUGUCUGGAUGUUGACUGAAGGUGCUUGUGCCUAUUUCGGAAUCUCGUACGAUGGCGAAGACAGCCGAGGCAAUCGACUCUUCGGCGGCCUUGCCAACGCCCUGCCAGCUAUUUAUGAAACGGCUACCUCGAUCGAUCACAUCAUUGGUUCUUUCAACAUCAACACGAACCUGUGGGUCAAGUACUACGUAUUCAAGCGUCUCAGGUUUUUGGGCAACAAGCAACUGUCACAGUUUGGUGCAUUGGGUUUUUUGGCCAUCUGGCACGGCUUCCACAUCAACUAUUUCACGACGUUCUUUUGUGAAUUCGCUGUCACACAUUGUGAAGCUGUCCUCCGCAAGCGUCUCUUGCCAUGCGUACAAACCUAUACCUCCAAGAAUGCGCUUGCCUUGGCUGCAUGGAAGGUCGUUGCUUGGGUUACCUGCAAUGUCGCGCUCCAUUAUUGCGUGAUACAGUUCGAUCUGCUAAAGCUCUCGAAGGCAUGGGUUGCUUACAAGAACGUGUACUUUGUGGGUCACAUUAUACUCUUCGCCAUUUUUGCAUUGGAUGCGUUUGUUCUAAAGCGACCAGUGCGUACUCCCAAGGAAAAGGUCAAAUAAAUAAAGGGCUGUUCAUAUGUAGUAGAGUAAUUAGUACUUGUUUUUUUAUUGGGGGUUUUUUACUAAGAAAGUAAUAAUAAAAGUAUUCGCAUCACACCA